AUGGCGACAACAAAUGGUAACAGAGGUAAUUCUGAUUACGCUGCUGCUACAAGUUCAUCACAGGUAAAGUAUUUUGUCUUCAAUUUCUAAUUUUGUCAAUGAAUCGUAUUUUUUAUUCGAUAAUAUCCGCCAUUUCUAACAACACCCCUUUCUGGCUCCGCCUUGCAGGACGCUCAACCCUCACCCCUUGCUAUGCUGGCGGCGACUUGUAGCAAAAUUGGAUCGCCCGCCCAAAGUGAAGAACAAGGGUAUGGACAGGGAGGGGAUUCCAGUGUUAGGGUGGUCGGGGCGGGGCAAGGUGGGAGCACAACAGACGCAAUGGCAGGUUGGAUGCAGUUAUCGAACGGAACCAUCGUUAAUUCUGCUGGAAAACCUAUCAACAAUGUAAUCCAACAAGCCACUUUGUCGAAUAACGUAGGCGGCCAGCUGUUUUCUCAAGGUCAACAAAUUGUUGCUACUCAAGGCCCUAACGGACAAUUAACUUAUAGUGUAAUGCCGUCUUAUCAGGCAGUAAAUAUAGACGGACAAGAUGCAUUUAUUCAAGAGGCUUUUAUUAUACCCUCUUCUGGCGGUCAAGCUCAGCAUGGUCUACAACAAGCUCAACAAACGAUGAUAACACCUUCUGGUCAGAUAAUCAGAACUCAGGGUAUUCCUGCUGCUUCAGCACCUACAAAUCUCUUCCAACAUGUUUCAGGGUUGGGGGGGUUGGGAAAUUUUAUAAACAUAGGGGGUAAUUUGAUAAGUCUCGGUGGUGUUCAAAAUGCGGUCAGACAAAAUGGAAAUAUAAUGCAGGCAGUACAGAUACCAGGAUUCCAAACAAUUCAACAAAUGCCAAAUAUUAUCCAAGUGCCUGUCUCAAUAAAUGGUCAGACAGUUCUUCAAACCAUCCAACUCCCCGCUCAAAACAUUCCUAUUCAGACACAUAUUCAACAAGUUGGGGGAGGUGGCCUAGUCUCAUUAGGCACAACACCCCAAUCUAUUCAGACUUUUAUGGCAACACAGGCUCAGAACCAAGCCCAACAAGCCAUGGCUGUUGCUCAGGCAGAAGAAUCCCAAAACCACGCUCAAAGCAAUCAAAAAUUAGAUCUAAAACCAAAUCCAGCCCAAUUAAAUAUCACCAACACAUCCCAGGCAUCAAAAAUGCCAGGUUUGACUUUGGCUAGCAACAAUUCUGGUGUUCAAACUUUGAAUGUCAUAAAUACUCCACAAGGUCAAGUCAUACUGUCCCAACCUGCAAAUCAAAACCAGGUAUCACUUCCCACUUUGACUGUCCCCUCCUACCCACAAACCAUCACAGCAUCAUCUGGAUCUUCCACUACCACAUCAACAAGCACACAAAACUCUGCCAUGUUACAAAAUGUGCUGGCUCAGCAACAACUUCUUCAAGGCAUGGCCAACGCCCAAAGUAUUGGAGGUAUUCAACUUACCAACCAGGGACAAAUAAAUUGGCUUCCGGUAAGCUCUUUUUUCUUUAAUUAUAAUAAAGUUUCUAUAGUGGAUUUAAGAAUUAAAGUUUUAAAAUUUAAGCUUGUUUCUUCAAACUAGCAUGAUUUGAGGGUUGAAUUAGUAUGAUAUCACACUGUCUAAAAUGUAUUGCCCUAUAAGCUAUUCAGGCUUGCAUUUAUUUUUUACUGGUUGCUAGAAUAAAUUUAAUAUAAUUGUCCAAUUUGACAUCAGGCAUUCAACAUGCAGGCACCCAGAGCACCUGGUGUGCAGACAGUACAGCUGCAAAACCUGCAAGGAUUGCAGAACAUCCAAGCAUUCCCUGCACUGCACAGCUUGCAAAGCCUGCAAGGAAUGCAGGUGGGUGCACAUCAUGGCCAUAUAUAAAUAUACACAUCAUCUUUUUGUUAAGCUGAUUUGUGUAUUAAUAUCCAACUGCCAACAUCUGUAUGUUUGCAUGAUGUGAUAAAAACAGCCAAGAUUUUAAAAAUAAGUCCUUCAGUUGAAAUAGUGCUUCCUGUUUUAACAUUCUGAAGAGAAAAUUGAUGUAAGAUGUAUAAGAAAAUAAGUUCAAACACCAUUCAAACACAUUUUAGAGCCCAUAUUUGUAGCUUCACAAAUGUUAAAAUUAAGGGUAAUUAUCAUCUACCUAUUUAAUGGUACUUUGUGAAAGGAAUAUAUAUAUAUAUUACACACACACACACACACACAUAUAUAUAUAUAUAUAUAUAUAUAUAUAUAUAUAUAUAUAUAUAUCUCUGUCUCUCUCUCUACAAACACACACAUAUAUAUAUAUAUAUAUAUAUAUAUAUAUUGAGAUUUAGAAAAGAUACAGUAAUACAACUACAAACAAUGAUAAACAUAUUUUUUUAUAUAUAUAUUCACACAUGUUAAAAAUAAAAGUAUAUAUCAUCUAUCUAUAUAUUGAUAUUUUGUGAGAGAAAUAUAUAUAUAUAUAACACACACACACACACACACAUAUAUAUAUAUAUAUAUAUAUAUAUAUAUAUAUAUAUAUAUAUAUAUCACUGUCUCUCUCUCUACAAACACACACAUAUAAAUAUAUAUAUAAAUAUAUGUAUAUUGAGAUUUAGAAAAGAUUCAGUACUACUACUACAAACAAUGUUAAACAUAUUUUUUUUAUAGUUCCUUUUCAUGGGCAAAAAUAAUCUCUUGGCUGAAAGUGUAUUAUUUCUUAGUGCUCUAACAUACAUUUUCUAGUAUUUUCUUUUACUGUUAUGAAUGUUUUCAGCCAAUAACUCAGCAAGGACAUCUCAUCAACAAUGGUUCUAUGCCUAACCUAGGAACUGUUGCAAUUGGGACACCAGGCGGGACCAUUAGUGCCAUUCCUCUGAACACACAGCAGAAUGCAAUGCAAGUGGCAACAGCUGCACUUGGUCAACAAGGCGUCUUAAGUAUGAAAUGAAAUAACAGCAUUUAUAUCCUUUCUUUUUCUGUUUUUGUUGUCUCCUGUUAGUCAUUUUAUGGAAUUCAUUUAUUUUUACAUAUUUUUUUGCAUUUUUUUUUUUUUGUUGAAUACUAAGAAAGUUUUUCUAUAUGAUUUUAGUUUAUUAUUAAAAAAAAUAUUAUUUAUGAAGUUACAUCUAAAAUAGGGCAUUGAAUUUUAGUUUAUAAUUUCAGCUUCAGCACAGAUUCAACAAGAUCCAAAUGACCCCACAAAGUGGCAACUUGUGAACAGCAUUCCACAGACAACAUCCUCUGUCAGUGUUGGCACAACCCUUUCGGUUGAAUCUCCGUCUGCUAAUGCUGGAUCAGGCAAUGAGAGUACACCAAGCGGGAGAAGAGUUCGAAGAGUGGCUUGCACUUGCCCCAACUGUAUUUCUUCUGAAAAGUAAGACUUAUAAACAUAUUUUUAACACAUUGAGACAUGCUUAAUAUAUGUUACUUGUUAACCCCAAAACUUAGCUCUUUAGUUAGUGAGUACAUAACUUUCAUGUUCAUUUUUUAAAUUGUUUGUAUAACAAAAAUACUGCCAUAAAUUCACUUACAGCAUGUAAUAUUACUGCCUGUGAGAUUUGAUUUCAAAGUUUACAAAGUCACAAAUUAAACAUAAUGAUUACUACUAAAAAAAUUAUAUCCAUGACCAUACAAAAUCUAUGUGACUCAGAAUUAGUACAUCAUUUCAUUUGUGAUUUUGUAGAUAAUUUUGAAACCAACUACUUGUUGCUGAACAGAAGCGGUCAGAUGAAACUAUUAAUUUAGGAAUGGAAUUUAUUUUGAUAUCCAUACAUGCAAAGAAUAAUGUUUAAAAAUUAUAAGGAAAUAUUGCAAAAUGAAAAAAGAAAUCUUUUGAAUUUUGCAUUCCUUUUUUGCUACAUCUAUAUAAAUUUAUAUCUAACUCUUCAGUAUUGCAAUAAGCUCAUACAAUCUCUGACCACCUUUAUUUUUCCAGACAUGUAGGUGGUGAAAACAAGAAAAAACAACACAUUUGCCACAUUGAGAAUUGUGGUAAAGUUUAUGGAAAGACAUCUCAUUUACGUGCUCAUUUACGGUUUGUAUUUCUUCUUAAGUAUUCAUUUUACCCUGCAAAUACAAUGACUUAAGUGUGAGAAAAUAACAUCAGAAUUGUUGUGGUUUUGUGGUCACCCAACCAUUUAAAAAUAAUGCCUGAAAAUUAUCCUCAAUUUAUAUUUGCCUGCAGGCUAUCAGUUUAAUAUUGUUUGUCCCAAUAAAUGUGGGCAUUACUGCCAUUUGUAAGUGCAAUGAGCAUAUUUAACACCUAUGGUUAUUUAUUUAACAGGUGGCAUUCAGGCGAUAGGCCAUUUGUGUGUGGCUGGCUGUAUUGUGGGAAGAGAUUUACAAGAUCAGAUGAGCUGCAACGACACAAGCGAACACAUACCGGUGAGAUGAUAGAUAUACCUGUUCUUCUUUUUGGCAGAUUUUGUUUUAAAAUGUUUGACUCUUAAUUUUUGUUAUUCGAUAACCUUGAAUUAAUUUUCACUAGAUAUCAAAAUGUACUUGCUAAAUGAAAUAUUGCAUUUAAAAAAAAGUAAUAAGAACAGCAGCAAUACCCCGGAAAUAAUAGCUCUUUUUUCUUUGUUGUGUUGGACUUCAUACGGAUCAGUUUCUAGUGCUUGACAAGUUCAACAAUCCAAUCUCAGGUCUUUUUAGUUUUUGUAUCAGUGUCAAGCUUUCCUAAUUAGUUGCUUCCCUUGGACUGACACUUGUCAUUGGGAGAAGUUAUAAAAAAAAAAAAAUUCCCACUUGUAUUUUGUUGAAAAUAAGAGAGCAUUUUGGUGGGAGACUAAGACAGAAGUUAUAACCAUAGUUAAUAUAAUAAUAAUAUUGCAUGUUUUUUUUUUUUUUAAUAUAAUAAUUACUUCAGUUAUAUUAGAGUCCAAAAAAAUUCUAGUGAUAGUAACAGCAAAUAUUGAAGGUUUGAGACAACAAUGUUAAAUUCAAAUGAACUAAUUACACUUAAAAAAUUUCCACUUGUAUUUUGUUGAAAAUAAGAGAGCAUUUUGGUGGGAGACUAAGAAAGAAGUUAUAACCAUAGUUAAUAUAAUAAUAAUAUUGCAUGUUUUUUUUUUUUUUAAUAUAAUAAUUACUUCAGUUAUAUUAGAGUACAAAAAAAUUCUAGUGAUAGUAACAGCACAUAUUGAAGGUUUGAGACAACAAUGUUAAAUUCAAAUGAACUAAUUACACUGAUAUAAGCCAACACAUCUUAAGAUUGUAUAAGUCUUUUUUAAAAAACAUCUGUCCAAAAGGACAAAUUAUUCCUUUUUUUAAUAUCUGUUGAGUACUUUUAAAUUAAUUAUUCUUAUUCUUAUAACUUUAUUAUCUGUGCAAACUUAGCCUUAUAAUAAUGAGCAUUUCAAAGAAUAUUGACCCAUUUCAUUCAUUGCUGUGCUGUAGGAGAGAAGAAAUUUCAAUGUCCUGAAUGUAGUAAGAGGUUCAUGAGGAGUGACCACCUGACAAAACACAUAAAAACCCACAGUGUGAAGCGCAUGAAUGGGGAUUCUAUCAGCAGCACCCAAGGUUUGUCAAUGGUUAUAGACGGCUUUCUUAAAUAAUGCCCUUUUUGGGUAGGUAGAUUUUGAACAAUGAGAGGAACGAAGAUGUUUGGGGGAAUAACUUUAUUUAAAGUACAUAAGGUUAGUUUUCCUUUAAUUGAAGGGUUAUAAAUAAUUUCUAAUUGAUUAUGCCAAUUUUUUAAUACCGUACAAAAUUUCUUUAUGUUGGUCUCGGUCUGAUUUCUUUUAAUCUUCAAAUGGUCAAUGACAAAUGUACCCAUUAAUUUUAGUUUUGUUUUAUUCACUUUUGAUUAUAAUUAUAGACUAGAAUUACACAUUUUAAUUUGUUAAAAAAUAGACCUUAAUCACUUUGGGCUACGACUAUUUAAACUUCAUAUUUCAUAAAGAGAUUUUUUUUUGUGUGGUCAGUUUACACAUAUAUUUACACAUUAUUUAUUUCAAUUAAGACUUGAUUCAUCUUAUAUUUGAAAAAACAUUAAUCAAUAAAAAGGCAUAUUUUAACUAGAAUGAAAGGACGUUGUUCUCCUUAUAUGUAUAGUUCUUUACAUCAAUUUAAAUGAAAUCGGUGGUUCCUGUCAAGAUUAAUUUUCCCUAAUUCAGUGUAAUGCAUUGUUAUGAUUUUAACUAAUGUGUAAUUGAAUAUUUCAGGGUUGGACAUGGAUAACCAGAUGGAUGGUGGAGAGGAUGAUGAAGAAAUGGACGAAGAUGAGGAAAAUGCAUGUGUGAUUGAUACCGACACAAAAGUGUUUCGGGUUUCGUUGUCGGGUGACGAGGAAGAGGAUGGUGAUAAUGAAGAUGGCGAAAAACUGGACAAUUUGGUUUCAUGAUGAUGCUUUCCCCAUGCUUAUGCUGUGAUUGGUGAUAUAAAUUUUUACUCUCUUAGUUUUUGUUUACAACUUUUGUAUUCAUAAUAUUGUUCCUUUGUGAACAGAAUUGAGCUUUCUUGAAAAUAUAAUUCAACCAAAGAGGUCUCCUUUCUGCUCUCAAAAUAAGCCAUUACUAAUUCAGUCUGCUGCCUGAAAUCACCUGGGUAAGAAUCUUUGAAAUAGGUUUUUAGGACUCAUUGUUAAAAUCAUUUGAGUGUGAUGGCACCUGAAUGUGUUGAUAUAAUGGUUUUUAUCCAAACCAUUAUUUUAAUGACAAGCUGUUAUGUUAGG